GAUUGAAGGGAAGAAAGAGAGACAUGACAAAAAUAUCAAAAGGCAGAAAGCACGCCGUACCAUGCGAGCUCAAUUGGUGACCGAUGGGAUCGAGGAUGUCGGAUUAAUGGUGACGACCGCAGCCCGUUUUCGCAGAGGAAGCUUCUCUAUUGCAACUUGGGCGCAGAGGGUCCGCGGGGAAACAUGGCCGAAGGAGGGCCGGGUAAAGGUGGCGGAGAAGACCCCGCCAAGUCCACCGAGCAGGAGGACCGGACUCGACCCCCUCAGGUCCUGUCGGGCUCGGGCUUCUGCAAGUGGUUCAACGUCCGGAUGGGCUUUGGAUUUAUCUCAAUGACCGGCAGCGAAGGGAGCCCCGUCGACCCCCCUCUGGAUGUUUUCGUCCACCAAAGCAAACUUGUGAUGGAGGGCUUCCGCAGCUUAAAGGAGGGUGAGCAGGUGGAGUUCACCUAUAAGAAGUCCUCCAAGGGCCUCGAGUCCCUGCGGGUGACCGGACCUGGUGGGGGACCCUGUGCAGGCAGCGAGAGACGACCCAAAGGGAAGGUCCCACUCCAGAAACGCAAACCAAAGGGAGACCGCUGUUAUAACUGUGGAGGUCUGGACCACCAUGCCAAGGAGUGUGGCCUGCCCCCCCAGCCAAAGAAAUGCCACUACUGCCAGAGCAUCACGCACAUGGUGGCUCAGUGUCCCCACAAGGCGCUGGCGCCCACCUCAGGCUCUCAGGACCAACAAGCGUCUACCUCUGCCUUCAGCCCAGGGACCGGGCCCUACCUCUGCCCCCCUGAGGAGGAGGAGCGCUCUGGCUCGUCUCCCCUGGAGGGCUCCUCCUCUUCCCCCGAGGAGCCCCACACACGCGGCCCCCGGACCCAGAGGUGGAGGAAAUCCUGAAAAACAGCCAGUAGAGGUGAACGUCUUCACCGCUAACCCCCUGAUCCUCAUGUCUCCUCGCAAUCAAGGAAGCCCCGCCCCCUUCAAAUCCCCCUCAUCUACCUCACACCUGUGAAAAAUGGGAGGUCUUGAUUUCUUUACUUUUUUAUUUUAUUUGUUUGUUAUGUUUCUAACCAGCGCAGCUAUGGCAACGAUCACCGGGGUACGGACAUGUGUGAAUGCGUGUGACUGACUUGCAGUCAUCUGGUGCAGCUAUGGCAACCACCGCUUGAAAGGUGACUGUAGGGAAUGACUGUUUUCAUGUUUCAAUCAGUGCAGCUCACGAGUGAAACAACACGGUAUGAAUUUGGUUUGAUGAGUUUAUUUUCAUUUCUUUUUUUAUCCCUCUUGGACCUAAGUGUCGGCCAUUUUAAUGCUUCUUUUUCCUACAGCUGUUGAGUUUAAAGCCGUAAAUUUCUAUCCUGAAGGCAUUCUGAAAAUCAUGAUGCAUCCUUUUAGCACACACGGUAGCUUGUUUUAAGAAGGAUUAGAAGAAGACUUUUAAAAGCUCAAGACCCUCUAAGCUAUAAUCCCGACUCUGAGGAUUGUUAGCUUUAAAUGCUCUAUAGGGAAACUUUAUGGAUUCCAGAGGGAAUUUUUAUUUUCUGAAAGACAAUGGGCUGCUAAACACGUUCUCUGUAAUCUUGAAAACCCUCACUACAUACCUCUCUCUUCCAUGAAAUAGACUGGACCAACUGAUUGUCAACGAGCAAGCAUGUGUGUUUGAGAGUGUGUGUUUGUAUGUGUGUGUGCUGAAAGAAAACAAGACUGGGGUCAACACUAUUAACGCUCAGUUUCCUCUUCUUAGAAAUAGUCACGCCUUAGAGAAAACUUCAUGUAAUCCAGAUAGUUUAGAUUCAAAAUGAUCAUUAGAUUCCAUUUCAGUUGUUGCAUAAUUAGUUGAAAAUAACAUUGCAGUUUAUAAAAUCAUAGUAUUAAGUCAUUAAUAUAUAUGUAAAGUCACAAGAUAUAAUUGAAAUUCUAUUAACUUUAAGUAAUGCUUAUAAGGAGUUAGCUGAUAGGUGAAUAGCCCUGUAUAUUGCAUGGGAAACGUUGUUGUUGUGUGAAAUCUUGUAGCUCUCUCUCUAUUUAACCACAAAACAAUUUUUUUUAACGCCUUCGAACACCUCCGACCCAGCACAAACAAAACACACCUUUGUUUGAUAAAGGUGCAGUUUCUGACCAUUACAGUAUCAUCGCAGCUGCUCUACUUACUAAAUACCUCACCACUUCUUCCUCACAAAGAUGAAUGUUGCAGAAGCUGUUUUUUCCACUCUCCCAGCAGUGAGAUCCACCUGUCCCUCUUCCAUCUGUGCCUACUAAGUUGUCAGUUAGCACCAGCCAGGUAAACGCUCACUCCUCUUCAGGGCUAGGCGCUGCCACCGCUGCUGCUGCUUUAGACUCACUGAAAACAGAGAGAGAUGGAGAGAGAAAAGAGAGAGAGAAAAAGUGCUGCUUUUGGUAUAACUUGACUCCCAAGCAUGGCUUUAGUGGCACUUAUUUGUGACCUAACAACUCUUCUCUGACCAUAUUGAAUGUGAAAAGAGCUUAUCUGAAGUCGACUCCUCACAAAAAAGUUCACUUCGGAGUUGUAUCUUAAUGUUCUGACAAAUCAAAAUAACUUUGUAUGAUGAUAUGAAACUAGCUUGUGUUUUUUUAAAGCUCUAAGUAGACAACCAACUUAUUUGGUAUAUUUCUAUACCAAAGAGUUUGGCUUUAUUUUUUUGAAGGCAUUUAAAAGUUGAGACUUGCUGAAGUGCUUGCUAACCUCGCCCUUUCACAAUAAGAGGGACUUUAUUGCUGAAAGCGCAACACUGCAGUUGUUAUUGUUUUUUUAUGUACAGCUUUUUGAAUGUGUGCGUGCGUUUAAAAUCAAAUCUCAACAAUGCAGCAUGACAGGAGAAGAAAAAAAAAAAAAAAAGAAGUGAAUGACCAAACCGUAUAAGGAGCACAGCCCAUGCUCAAACCUUUAUGAAAGCAACAUCUUUUUGUAUGAUGUAUUUUUACAUUUUUACACACAAUUCCUCUCAGGAUGAUGAACUGUUCUCAGGGAAUUAACCAAAAAAGUGUAUUUUAUUCUUUUGGGAAUCAUCCACUGACUGACUCAACAAACUCUGUCAAGCUAUGGUGAAGAGACAAAUGUAACUGAUUCAUGUACUGAUAUUAGCAACUACCUCUUGAGUUAUACAUAGUUGUGCAUUUCUUUUUGUUUUGUAUAUUUUUUGAUGAGCUUGUAUGAUUAACUUUAGGUCUCUAUUGUACUGAGGUGUUGUGUGAGAAGUUCCCUUGUGUUGCCACAGACUCCCUGGUCUUCCUUCCCAUUUUUGAUGAAUUACUUUUCCCGUUUACUGCAAAAGUUUCUUUCCCUCUCUCUCUCUUUUUUUUUUUUUUGUUUACAGCAAAAGCCUACCUCAUAUGCGCUGUUUCCUCACAAACUCCUUACCUCCUCCCAGCCCCCUCUACCUCCUCCAUGCAGUUGUUUCUUUUUUAAAUAAAUUGCCACUUGUCGCACUAGAGUCACACAGCAUUUUUAAACAAAUCAGCCCUGAAAUGGCUCAUCACUUGUGACUCCAAACUAUCUUACAAUCAAAGCUCUUUUUGAAGGUUCAGCACAACUUUUCAGAAUGGGCAUGUUUGUCAAGUGUUCUGCCUGUUUAAUGCUAUAAAAUCAGUGGAGAAAUCAUCGCUGAGCUGCAGACAUCCAGCGAGUUACCUCAGUUUGUUGGGCUAGCUAUUGACAUGUUAAGAUAUUCCAUAUGAACACAUUUUGAAGAGACACCGACUGUUGUUUUUAGCUUGUUUGUAUUUGACCAUUACCAUUUUGUAACCACUUGAUAGGAUGGGCUUAUGGUGGAGAAGAAUUGGAUUGUACUUCGCACAAGGAGUGCCUGUCUCUAUGUUUUGUUUGUUUUUCCCUAUUACCAAAUAGAUGUUUUCCUCUUUUUUUUGGGCUCCAUUGUAAUGGCCAUUUUCAGGCAUUUUUACAGCCUCAGAUAAUCAGAAGUUGUGUGGAGAUGAUGCCCCCUCCUUGUUGCAAACUACAUUAGUAGUUUAGAGCGACAUUGUUAACCUGAAAUCAGUAGAUUUUGUACUAAUGGUGACAUUACAUAGACGUCAUUCUAAAAAAAUGUUUAUGAAGAUGAAUAUUGUUAUCAGUACCUUUUUCUUUUUAUAAAACUAACUCAUGAGAUCAAAGAUUGAUUUUGCAUGUAACCACAGUAUUACAAUUCAAAGUCAGCUGACAUUGUCGCAGACAUUGUGAAGUGGAUGCCUCAUGCCAGUUAUGAACAAAAUAAACAACCUGGUAAAAUAGUGAUAUAAUUGUUGUUAGUAGCUUUAUAUAUUUUUUCCAAUCAAUGUAACUACUGAUUGAUCUCUUGUUUUUCAGUAUGUGACAGCCAAGAAACCCUCUUAUAAAUACAAUUAUCCUUAUCAAAGUAGUAACAAUCAAAUGGUUGUCAUAGAUGUUUGCCAGACCUGCAUGCAGGAUAACAAAUUUAUAGGUUCAUUUCUUCAUAUUUUCCCACUUCAAUCAAUCAAUCAAUCAAUCAACCUUUAUUUAUACUCGAGAAAUCAUUGAGGGGCACCCUCAUUUACAAUGAUGUCGAGUCAAUUACGGAAAAAAAUUAAGAGAAUACUUAACUUUAUCACCAUGUAAACAUGAGACAACACAACAUCUUCAAUAAAAUCACAGAUGUUUCUGAACAAAACCAACCAACACCAGUAAAUGCACCAGUUGUAUCGCAGCAGGGUGAGUUUGAGUCCAGGGCCUUUAAAUCAAAAACACUUAUUGAUAUCUAGUGUGUGGUCACCAAAGUCUGAAGUCCCAAUCCAAAAUUAACUAUUUUUUGAAUUAAAAUCAAUCUGAGACCCCAAACUGGUGCAUUUCUGCCACACAGUGGUGGUAGUGGAGAAAUGAAAUAUAUGACAAAUAAUGAUACACAUGCUAUGGGCUUCAUCCAGUGUUCAAAGGCAUUGUAGAGAUAUCUGAACCAUGCCAAU